CGGGGCUGGCAGGACCCUGACCCCAAGAUGGCGGCGCCCAGCGAAUUGGCCGCGGGAGCCGCAAGUGAAGGCGAUGGUGGGGGUAGCAGUUUUGGAUCGUGGCUGGAUGGACGGUUGGAGGCGCUGGGAGUGGAUCGAGCCGUUUACGGUGCCUACAUACUGGGUGUCCUGCAGGAGGAGGAGGAGGAGGAGAAACUGGAUGCUCUGCAGGGUAUCCUCGCUGCUUUCCUGGAAGAAGAUUCCCUCCUUAACAUCUGCAAGGAGAUUGUGGAACGAUGGUCUGAAACUCAGAAUAUUGUCACCAAGGUGAAAAAAGAAGAUGAGGUACAGGCCAUUGCCACCCUGAUUGAGAAGCAGGCACAGAUCGUGGUGAAACCCCGGAUGGUGUCAGAAGAGGAAAAGCAGAGAAAAGCUGCCCUCCUGGCUCAGUAUGCUGAUGUGACAGAUGAAGAAGAUGAAGCAGAUGAAAAGGGUGACUCAGGUGCCGCCACAGUGAACCUGGGUUCUGACAAAUCUCUCUUCCGGAACACCAAUGUGGAAGAUGUCCUUAAUGCUCGAAAACUGGAGCGAGACUCACUUCGGGAUGAGUCCCAAAGGAAGAAGGAACAGGACAAGCUGCAGAGAGAGAGGGAGAAACUAGCCAAGCAAGAGCGCAAGGAAAAGGAAAAGAAAAGGACACAGAAAGGAGAACGAAAGCGGUAACCUUGGCCCGCGCCUUUCUCCGCACGAACUUGAUGAGCGGGUGGACGGGUUGUGCACGUGUGUAUUUAAGAGCAAUGAGAGGCCACUGAACAGUGGUGUCCCGAGGCAUCGCCCCUUUUGUUUACACGGUCAAAAGGAAACCAAACACUUCUAAUUCUAAACCGUGCCAUGUGUCUGUGGUGUGGGGAACCAGAUUUUUGUUGUUGACGUCUGUACCAAAGACCCGGAAAAACCUUUAUAUUUUAAUAGUAAGUCUCCCCUCCCCUUGGACAGAUAGCAGGAAUAAUCAGAAGCUGAUGGUUACAGUUUUCAUCCUGGAGGAGCAGAAGCAAGAGCACUCUUUCCUGGAGGUGAAAUUUUGGAGUGUCACUUCCUUCGGCACUCACCCACCGUCGAGUCUCGUGGCUGACAUAGGAAGCUAAUGAAGAGCCUUAUCUGGAGCCAAACUUUGUUACAUGGCAACAAACUAGGAAAUGAGAAGAAAUUAUUUGGUGGAUAUUCUCCAUUUGAGAAGUUUUUUUUUUAAAGUUUUAUCCUAUGGAAGAAAAAGGAAUCUUUUAAAGUAGAAAUAGUUGUGUAUUUUUCCUCUCUAGGCUGUGAUUUUAAGAAGGAGGUGUCAGUAUUAGGUGCAAGGAUUUUGUUAGCUAGAAUGAUUUUUUAAUAAUCAUGAAUCCUUGAAUGCUAGUAGAGAUUUUAAUUCUGAUUUGCUCUAAAACAUGAGAAUAAAGACCUACUAAUUACAGGUUUAGAGAAACUGCAGGAACUGCCCUUUUAAGGAAGAAACACUGAGAAUCAAAGCUAUUUAACACAAAGAUAUUUAAGAGUGUACAUAAUAGCUCUCAACAAAUUUGUUGAGUGAGUGAUGAAUGGAAAAGUCAAAAGCAAGAGGAACUCUUCAUUCCCCCACUUUUGUCAAAAACCACAAUUGCAUUUAAUUGUAAAUAAAACCUUUUUCUGACUUUAGGCAACAGACUGUCAAGCCUGAAGAGACAAUUUCUCUAAUAAGACAGAAAGUAGGUAAUUUAUACCAGGCCUGGGCAAACUUCACCACAAGCCAAAUUUGGCCCAGACUGUUUUUUGUAUGGUGCAAGCUAACAAUGGUUUUUACAUUUUUAAAGCAUUGUAAAAGAAAGAAUAUGAGACUGGGUGUGACCUGUAAAGACAAAUGUGUAUCAUCUGGCCCUUGGGAGAAAAAGUUUGCCAACCUCUAUUUUGUAUGAAAUUAACAAAAAUUUUUACCUUUGUGCAGGAGGUAUAAAAAGCAGCAUGGUAGGAAAAGAUGUGUUACCUCUCUCCACUCCUAUGACUGUGGCAUUGCCCAAAAAAAGCCUUUUUAAAAAAUAAACUAUUUAAAUCACUGUCUUCUGAUUUAUUCAUAUUCCUUCUAGCUACU